CAGAUGGACACGGAGGGAUUAUAUAAGUCAGGAAGCGUAUGUGACAUAAAUUCACAAGAAAGAGAGUAGAUUGGCAUGGAGGCAGAUGCUCUGUCUCUCCUCCAGUUCACAUCUCUGUCCACCCACUGGGCAGGAGGCUUAACAGGAGAGCACAGUGGAGCUGGGGAGGUAAGGAUCACUGAUGGUCCGAAGGAAAACAACUGAGGCUGUAAAUGAAGAAUGUGACAGGCUGUUCACCGUGGAGGAUUUAAGUUUAAAUUCCUAAGGAGCUUUUUGAUGAACUCUUUAAUGGGAAGGAUCAAAGAAGUGACGGAUUAAGUUUUUUUCUUUUUUUUAUUCCACAAUAUUUUGUAUAAAGUACUCAAAAAGAUUUGGGGAACUGUGGACUGACAGGGAGGCCCUGCUUGAGAGACAACGGGGUUAAACUGUUAAGCACUCUUAAAUAAAACUAACCGAGAGAAUAAAGCUGAUUUCUUAGGAUUAUAGGGCAAAGGGGCAUUUAAAUCUGUGCGUCAUCUAUAGAGUCACUAAAACGUCAAUAUUUGGUGUGGUCCUAAAAAUCCAACUAGAGCCACCUAAGGAUGCACAAUGAUAUUAGCCAGGGCUGAGUCACUUUGCAAAAGCUUCUUAUGAACCAUUAAAGGAGUUGCUGUUGUUUUUGCUAAGAUAGUGCCUGAAAGAGCAUUCAUCAAGGAUAGAUGUUGCCACAAGCCUACUUAGCUUGUGGAAUGUAUUACGUAAUGUUAAAUUCCCCUUUGCCUUUCUCAUGUUGCCCAGUUACUGAUCUAAUACCACCUCAGACAGAAGUUAAGAUUAGGGGAUUUCUGGAGUUAUCAGUUCCCCAAAACUCCAAUGAAAAAAAUUAUAUUUCUCUGUCUAUGCGUCAGCCUCACAGCCUCUCGUUCUACUUGUGAUUCUAUUUAGUAAAUCCCAGUCCCUCUCCUGGCUCAGUUUAUUCUUCUGCUACAUUAGAUUUAUCAUUGCUUCCUGUUUAAAGCUGGGAGACUAACUCUUCAAAAUCACACCAAAGCAUCUGCCCCAAUCUAAAUGAUUCUUCCAUCACUCCACUUAUUCCCUGUCUCCUGCUUGCCUUAAACCCCUCUGUGUUGUAUCCCACCACCCCUGCCUCCCUCCUCUGUCUCGUGGCCAUGCUCGAGCGUCUGUCCCGCCGUUCGCGAUCCGUUCUCUCCCUGACAUUAACCUCUUUGGCUCUGACCCUCUCCAUCCUGGCUCUCUGCACCUCAUACUGGUGUGAGGGCACUCACAAGGUGGUCAAGCCUCUCUGCCUGUCACCUGUCAAAAUGAAGAACUGUGGUCAGAACAACAGUGAGCCUUACACAACAGAGAGCCCCACGCAAAACCCUUUCAACCGCACACUGUCUCCAGACAGAAGAGAAGAGCUAGCCAAGAUCAGACAAAGGCAGCUGGCCAAUGCAGUACACUACAUCUGGGAGACAGGAGAGGACAAGUUUGCCUUCAGAUACUUCCAUACUGGCUUCUGGGAAAGCUGUGAGAAGCAGAAUGAUGGAGAGGUAUGUCGCAGUUUCAUCGACUUAACUCCAGGGGAAACACAAGGAGUUCUUUGGCUGUCGGUCAUUUCUGAGUUUACAUAUAUUGGCCUGCUGGGGAUGGGCUUCCUACUGAUGUGCCUGGAGGUUAUGUGCUCCCAUAAAGAGAUGCACGCACUAAAAAUCAAUGCCUUCGCUGCAAUUUGUACUGUGCUGUCAGGUCUUCUUGGGAUGGUAGCACAUAUGAUGUUCACUACAGUAUUUCAGAUGACAGUCAUUGUGGGCCCUAAAGACUGGAGGCCUCAGUCCUGGGACUACGGCUGGUCGUUUGCCCUUGCCUGGGUAUCCUUUAGUUGCUGCAUGGGGGCUGCUGUUGUCACACUCAAUUCUUACACAAAGACCAUCAUUGAGAUCCGUCGCAGGCAAAGACUCCGCUUGGACGAAGCAAGAGCCGCCGCUCGGGCCCCACCCUACGACGAGGUGGUUCCAGGAGGAGGGCUGUACUCAGUUAGCGGCCUGCUACACUGUCCAGAUGGGAUGAUUGACGUGGCGUGGGCGCCGAAUGGCAGUGUGGUUGGAGUGGGAAACGGGGAUGUACCGACACUGGUUCUAGUGGGAGGCUGUGGCCCAGAGGGGUGUGAGGACUGUGAGCGAGAGAGAGACAAGAUGGGGGAGGCCAUGGAUCGAAUUGAUUCACCCUGUUAGAAGGACAAGUUAUGCACACAAACUAAAAGGGCUAAAACAAACUGCAUCAUUACAGUGAUAAGGGAAGCUGGCGUGUUUUGACUUGCUGUUCUAUUGCUGGUGAAGAUUCUCAGUCAUCCAGAUCAUAGUCAUUCAAAAAGUUAAAAACAAACCACUGGACUUUUUUUUCCAAGUUUGAAGAUGUUUCGUUUCCCAUCCAGAAAGCUUUCUCAAUGUCAAAUGUCUGGAGUAGCGUUGAGCUCCAGGCUUUAUAGAGUAAUCUAACAAAAGCCUUUUGUUCUCUUAGAAAGCAGAUAUCUGAGUCAAAGGUAGAAACAGAAGUUAAGUGCAGGGGUUAUUUUAAGAUAAUGACUACUUUCAAAACAAAGGGCAUGCUAGGCUUCUUGCAUUAUCAUUUGCACUCAGAAGCACCACUUCUAUCAGUCUGCAUCAACCUAUGAUAUGAGCUAAGUGAUUAGCUUAUCACACAGGGACAGAUUGAGAGCGUACAGCUGCAGUAGACUUCUCUCAGUUCCUGAGGAUUUACCUGCCUCAAAGACAUGCUUGAUAAGUUGUUAAGUUUGGUUAACAAACAAAGCUAGGAUGCUGCUUCAGAGGCAAGAACUGAAAAGGGGAAGUAAUGCAAUAUCAUGCAGCUCUAAGCUGUUUUAAGGAGUUUUUUUUCGACAUAUUCAAAACUAAUUCCUUGCAGACUUAAAAUCAACCAGUAUGAGUCACCAAACUUGCAAACUGAAAAUGAGUACCACUCUGUUAACACGUCCUAAUGUGGAAGACUUUAAUGCACACAUUGGUCAAACUUGCAAACCAAUCUGCAUGUUUUAUGCUUCUGUGCCUAAAAUAGCAAAGCAAAUGUAUAUUUCUACAUGUAAAAUGCACAAAUACCUAACUUUGUCAUUUAUACUUUUAAGAUAUCAAUUUUAUGUCAAGCUUUUAUUGUUCUCAUACAGACUAUCUAAUAAUUAAUCUGCUUGGAUAUUAAAUGUUUCAUUUUCCAA